UUUGAAGAGACUUUCCGCAACCUCCAUUCAGCUUUUAGAUUAUUCGACUUUAUGAAUGAUGGCUACAUAGCCAGAAUUGAUUUUAGGAGAGUUCUUAAAGAAUUCGGCUUUGAAAUUGCUGCCAUUGACCUUGAUGCAUUUUUGGCCAGGGCAGGGAUCAGUGUAGUUCAAGGUUAGUUAAUAUUGAGGAUGGUUUAAAUUCUCAGUUAUUUCAGAAUUCAUAACAGAAGACCUGAUUUUCAUUAAAAGGGAUUAUAUUAUUUGAAUCAUUUCCACUGCUAUAAAAGUUCAACAUUUUUCUAUUUUUCUUUUUUUCUUUUCAGUGAUAAAUAAAUAAUUGUUUUAAAAAUAAAACACAGAAAAAGAAGAAGUGUAUUUUGGUUUUUUGUAACAGUAAACACCUUUUAUUUUUAAAACUUCUUUUAGAUUAAAAAAAAUAACAGAAAUAGAAGUGUAGCUUACUAAAUAACUAUGGUGGACACACAUUGUCCUUAGCAAUAAAAUUCAUCUACUAUCAGAAUGUUAAGGGGUUCAAUUAAUUUUAUUUAUAUUUUGUUCCUCAAAAUAAGUUAUAUUUAUAUCGAAUAAUAAACUGUCUUUCAUUUUACCUAUCAGGCUUAAUUAAUUACAAGCAGUUUCUGAACAAGUUCCAAUCAAGAGGUGAUUCUAGCAUACUGACAAAAGUUAUGCUGAGAGAUGGAGAAAGGUAACUUAUUACAAAUUAAACAUAAUAGAUCUGCCAUUUUACUUAACUAAAUAUCAAUAUUGAAGAAAAAAAAAUAAAUAAGAUUACCAGUCCCGGUAAAAGGACACUUUGGACAUGGGUACCGUACACAAAAUCAGCAAGAUAUUGAUCUAGUUUAUUAUGAAGUAUAAACAAACAAGAAGGCCCUUAAAAAAAAUAAGCAUACAAAGUAUGAGCUUAGUUAGGUUAACUCAACAUUUUGGUGUGAGUAAUUUUGGAUAGGGAUAAAAACAUAAACUUUGUAUUUAAUAGUGCAUUAUGAGUCAAUUAUAAAUUGUGAUCAAUUUGUCCACGUCUUUAGUGUAUGACUAAAUAAUAACAUCAAUAAGUCUUACUAAAUAAAUUACAAAUAAAAAUAAGCCAUAUAGCAUCAAUAAGUCUGACAAAACAAAUUCAAAAUUGACAAAAAGAAUUAUUUUGUUGAAAUGGUAUUUUGUUUAUAGCUUACACAAAAGUUUCAGACGUUUCGAGACAGAGGAGAUUUUAAGAGCUGAAGAGAUGGAGAAAGACGUGUCCAACUAUUUCCAUGCUGAUUAUCUGAAGUUACUUGGGCUCCUGAAGUAA